AUGAUGUUUUUGAUAUUACUAAGUUAUUCUACACGACAUUUUACUGCGGAAGCACAUGUUUAUUUCGCAAAUAUAAAAAAAAGGGCAAAAACUGGCAACAUCAAUAAAGAAGGACUCCGUAACGGAGAUUCACCAAAUGACGAUGCCGUGCUCAACAAAUUGUCACACACAAAAAAAAAAAAAAACGCCGAGAAUAACAAUAUCUGCCUGUCUGCAUACUGUUUAACACCACCCGAAAAGCGUAAUGGUCCCAGCUCCGCGCCUAAUUUCGGCAGUAUGUCCAACGAACAGAUACAGAACUAUCUAAUCUCGAAAUUCCAAGACCUCAAUUUCGGGGACGAUGAUAAGUGGAAUCAACAAUUCUAUCAGAAUUGCAACGCGUUCCCAAAUAUCCCACCACUUAUGAACCACUACAGCAAUUCGGAUCUAUCCAGCCUGUUAAACCACCAGGUAUACAACCAGAAUUCAAAAUCGUUGGAUGAGGCUGGUGCGAUGGCGCAGAUGAGCAUCGGGCACUCGCAGAACUCUCUAUACAGUACAAGUCAAUCCACGACAUCAAAAGAUUCGUCUCCAGACCUGAGUUCCGAUGAGGGAAUGGCAUUUAUAAUGCCUCUAUCACACAAUGGAACUUUAGCCGCAACUAGUGAUGAUGGACGUGUGAGGUUGAUUGUCCCUAUCAGCCCUUCAGAGAGCACAUCCGAUUUUGGAGAGAUAACGGAUAUAAAGGAGCCUACUGGAGCCACGUUGAAAGUUCCCGGCGCUGAAGCUUCAGCAGCUCCGAUCACCCGAACGACCAGCGAAAAAGUCCCAAAUCGAAGCGAAAUGAUGACAGCAUUGCGAUCACAGUGGACCAGGCACACUACUAAGUCGGAUUAUUAA